AUGUAUGACAUUGUAAAUGACUUUGUGCAAUUUAUCACCAAGAAGGAAUGUUUGAGUACCGAUGCAGAGGUUGCAAACCGUAAAAUAGAGGUAUUGGGCAGUAAUCUUCGCCAUCUGACCUUAACAUCUGUGGUUGAUGAUCAAGAUUUACUUUCUAUCACUUCUCGGAAUUGCAAAAAUCUACGUACGCUCACAACAAUUCACUCAAGUGUUGCUACGGUAUAUGCUAGUUUUAUUUUACAAGUCAAAUGUCUUAGGACAAUAAAUUUGUCUGGAAGUUCCAUCAAAGAACUCCCAAAAGAGAUUGGUGAAUUGGUACAUUUGAGGCAUAUUGAUUUGUCUGGAAGUCGAAAGUUGGAGAAAUUAUCAGACACCAUUUGUGGUUUAUAUAACUUGUAUACCUUGGACCUUCGAAGAUGCAAAUCACUAAAUAAAUUGCCUGAUAACAUGGGAAAGUUGAUUAUCUUAAAGCAUCUUUACGUUGGGGAGAGUGACUCACUGAAGUGCUUGCCAAAAGGGAUAGGGAGAUUAACAAGUUUGCAAACACUAGACGUCUUUCCUCUGUUUUCUGUUGACAACGACGAAGCAUUUCAAGUUGGGGAUUUGAGAACCGUGAACCAGCUCCACGGCAGUCUCCAAAUAAGAAUUUUGGGGAAGGUGAAAGAUGGGAGUGAAGCACAAUUGCGGGACAACAAGCAACUUUUUCAUCUCCAACUGGAUUUUGGUGAAGUGCGCGACAAGGCUGGAGAGAGCAGUGGACGAAUAAUGAAUGUCUUAAGACCACACGAUGAUCUGGAAUCUUUAGAGAUUUAUGGGUAUUUUGGCUCGACCUGGCCGAAUUGGUUGAUGUCUUUAAAAAAGUUGCGAUUACUCACUCUGGAGGAUAUUUGUGUUUGUGAAAUUUUGCCUCCUCUUGGGAAAUUGCCGUUCCUUGAAGGACUCUACCUCGGGGCAAUGUCGGGUGUAAGAAAGAUUGGUGGCGAGUUUUUGGGAGUAGAAGAUGAUCAAACAUCUUCAUUCAAAUCAUCCUUAUCAAUGUUAUUCCCAAAAUUGAACGACUCCACUUUUACAACUUGUCGUCGUGGAAGGACUGGGGAGGUGUGA